GACGUUCAAGCAGCUGAAGAUGCUGAUUGGAAAAUCCGACCGGCUUAAACAGAAAUGCAAAACUCUCCGGCCAAAGGAAAGCCAGUGGAGCGAACUCGUCGGAUUAAGCACCCAGCUUCUCGAAGCUGUCUCCCAGAUGCGACAGGCGAUCGUGGAGCAGAGGGCGGCAACUACAGGAGCCAGACAGAACAAUAUUGAGCGACAUUGGGCACAUGUGCAAGCCUUUAAGAGAAAUAUUCUGUCAACCACUCCUUCUCCGACAACUAUUCCUACUCCUACUCCUACUCCUACUGCUACUGCAACGACUACUACUCCUACAGGGAAAUUGAACUCGAGACAUUUGGAAACGCUCCGACGGAACAUGGUGUUGAUUUUCUCUGGCCCGCAAAGAAACUCUCCGGCUGGUUCGGAGAACGUUUUGGAUUCCAGAAAAGAACUUACGGCCAGAAGAUGCCGGAGAAUUCGCCUUUUAUCGGCGCAUAGCUUGAUUACUUGGGGGCUUGUGUAUUCGUCGACAACGUGGACGGCAAAGCAUAUGGGGUCUACUGUGUUCAACAGCCUUCUCGAAAAGGUCGAAUCGGAUCGGAUCCAGGAAUGGCCGCCGAUAGUAAGCCAGACAUUGAACAGACUGAAACAUAAUGAGCCCUUGCUACGAGCGUGUCCUGAGUAUGACGAGUUCCUUAAAGGUCAGUUGUUGGUCCUUCCAUGUUCAAGUAAACCUGCCACCCACCCCCCUGGCGGACACAAUCACUUCUAGAUCCUGUUCUCUUUUCACACCCUUUCCCCUUUUUUUCUGCAAUUGAAGAGUGUAGUGACUUUUUUUUUGUUGAAAAAAUGAGAACCUUUAGCUCUUGAAAGUCCUUCCGGCAGAAAGGAAAGCGUGGCAUCAUCAAGCGAAACCAGCCAUGAGGAUAAGAAUGGAGCAAAGAGUCGCGAGAAAUUGCCCUGUAAGUUCAAUAAUGAUUCCUUAUACUGUCAUGUAUCUGCCAGAGACAGUCAAUGAGGACGCUCUCUUUGUUGCU